AGGCGGGGGCAGGGGCCCGGUGCCGGAGUGAGGGCGGAGCGGGCCUCUCCCAAGAUGGCGGCAGCGUGGCGGGCGUUGCGGCGGGCGGCCAGGCCCGUCCUCCCGCGGGCGUCCUGCUGCUUCCCCCGCCACCACACCGUCACCCAGAGGAUCGACCACAAGCGGCGGGAAGCGCUGCUGGGCGGGGGGCAGCACCGCGUCGACGCGCAGCACCGGCGGGGAAAGCUGACGGCUAGAGAGCGAAUUCAGCUGCUGUUGGAUCCCGGCAGCUUCGUGGAAUAUGACAUGUUUGUGGAACACCGAUGUGCCGAUUUCGGGAUGGCGUCAGAUAAAAACAAGUUUCCCGGAGAUAGUGUGGUGACCGGCCAGGGCCGGAUCAAUGGAAGAUUGGUUUAUGUCUUCAGCCAGGAUUUUACGGUGUUUGGAGGCAGUCUGUCUGGAGCCCACGCCCAGAAGAUUUGUAAGAUUAUGGACCAGGCGAUGGUGGUGGGAGCGCCGGUGAUUGGACUGAAUGACUCCGGAGGGGCCCGGAUCCAGGAGGGCGUGGAAUCGCUGGCCGGCUACGCCGAUAUCUUCCUGAGGAACGUGCAGGCUUCCGGGGUGAUCCCGCAGAUCUCCUUGAUCAUGGGGCCGUGCGCCGGAGGGGCCGUCUAUUCCCCCGCCCUCACCGACUUCACCUUCAUGGUCAAGGAUACCUCCUACCUCUUCAUCACCGGGCCUGACGUGGUCAAGUCCGUCACCAACGAGGACGUCACCCAGGAGGAACUCGGGGGAGCAAAGACCCACACCACCAUGUCAGGUGUGGCCCAUCGCGCUUUCGAGAAUGACGUGGACGCCUUGUUCAACCUCCGCGAGUUCUUCGACUACCUCCCCCUGAGCAACGAGGACCCGGCCCCGGCCCGGGAAUGUCACGACCCAUGCGAUCGCCCGGUCCCCGAACUCGACACCGUGGUCCCGUUGGAGUCCACCAAGGCCUACGACAUGGCGGACAUCGUACGCUCGGUGGUGGACGAGCGGGAGUUCUUCGAGAUCAUGCCCGGGUACGCCAAGAACCUCGUCGUCGGCUUCGCGAGGAUGAGCGGGAGGACGGUGGGCGUGGUGGGCAACCAGCCCAAGGUGGCGUCAGGGUGCCUGGACAUCAACUCUUCCGUGAAAGGGGCCCGCUUCGUCCGCUUCUGCGACGCCUUCAACAUCCCGCUCGUCACCUUUGUGGACGUGCCCGGCUUUCUGCCCGGGACGGCCCAGGAGUACGGGGGCAUCAUCCGCCACGGAGCCAAGCUCCUCUACGCCUUCGCCGAAGCCACCGUGCCCAAGAUCACGGUCAUCACCAGAAAGGCUUACGGAGGGGCCUACGACGUGAUGAGCUCCAAACACCUGCGGGGAGAUGUCAACUAUGCCUGGCCCACCGCCGAGAUCGCUGUCAUGGGGGCGAAGGGCGCCGUGGAGAUCAUCUUCAAAGGAGCCCAGGAUGUGGCCCAGGCCCAGGCGGAGUACGUAGAGAAGUUCGCCAACCCUUUCCCGGCCGCAGUGAGAGGAUUCGUCGAUGACAUCAUCCAGCCGUCUUCCACUCGCCUCCGCAUCUGCCGGGACCUGGACGUGCUGGCCAGCAAAAAGCAAUCCAGCCCUUGGAAGAAGCACGCCAAUAUUCCUCUCUGAGCCGAGUUUGGAACCCGGGGGUGGGAGGUAGGGGGGAGAAGUCCCUCCGCCCCUCCCGCCCCCAGGACCCUUUUUAAUUUAAAAUCGUUAUUAGCUGAGAAUGAUCUGCGGAGGGGAGAGGGGACUGACUCUCUUUGCCAAACUGAAUAAAACCGGAGUCAAAAUGUU